AUGAAUACUUGAGGACUAGGCUUGGAGUGGUACGUCCAGCACUGGAGUCACACUCUCCUGCGCCGCCUUCUUCGUCUUCGACACCUUUUCCAGACCCAACUAUCCCCGUCUCUGACCGCCCGAAUCUUCACCUCCCCCCCCACCACCUCGGUUUUGGCUGUCCUCCGGCGAGCAGCUUGUCCGCUUGACGGUGACGGCGAUGAAACCAGCGAAGCAUACUCUCCCGGCAGCCCUCAAUCGUCAUCUUCACUUCUCCAGCCGGCCCUACUCUGCCUACACACACCACAAGCCGGCCCAGCCUGCCUCCCCACCAAUCUUUCAGCUGCCUCAUCUGCCUCCUCAUUGCCCUCUGUCCUGAUCUCUUCUCCCUGCCCCUCCUCAUUCUCCUCCUCUUCAGCCUCCUGCACGACCUCGCCUCCGACUCCAGCCUCGGUGCCAUAUAAGACCAAUCAGAUGUCUGCUUGCCAUGUGCCCGAAUCCCUUUAG